AUGGGGAACGGGCCGGGGUCCGCGGCCGCUGUGAAGGAGGAUAUGGCCACUUCGGCCAUCCCGCCUGCGCACAAACCAGAUUCCUUAUCGAUUUUCCCGCUUCCAGGGUCGCCGGCGUCCACCGCUCUCUCCGCUCUCGCUUCCCUUACGAAUCCCUUCUUUCAGACGGCGCUUCUUCUUCUCAUCGCUGCCGGUAUGCUGUUCGCUUACCGAGUGAUGACAGAGGCUCCUGUACCACCGCUUCACUAUCCCAUCGAUCGCGCAGCAUUAGCCUCCCGACGCCGUCGACCUCACACCCCCGCCCGCCGGCGUCGCCCGCGGCUCGGGGAUUCGAUGUCGAGUUUGGAAAAGUUUCCACCGGCUUCGGCUGAGAGGGUCUCUGCUGGUCUCUGGAAUUUUAAUGCGGAUGGGAAUGAUGCAGGUUUGGUUGAAGAGGUAGUAAAUGGAGAGAAGGAUUCCAGGUCCAAUGUUGGGGGUGCGGGUGAAUGUGAUGGGGGGAUAUUUGAUAUGACGAGGAGUUUGGAAAGGGAGCUUGGUGAUGAGCAAGGAGCCCUUGCUGCUCUUUACCUAGAAUUGGAAAAGGAAAGGAGUGCAGCUGCCACUGCUGCAGAUGAGGCCAUGUCAAUGAUGCUUAGGCUUCAAAAGGAAAAAGCUGAAAUAGAGAUGGAGGCUCGACAGUAUCAGCGGAUGACUGAGGAGAAAUCUGCUUAUGACAAGGAAGAAAUGGAAAUCCUUAAAGAGAUUAUUGUAAGUCGGGAAAGAGAGAAGCAUGUUUUGGAAAAGGAAAUUGAGAUGUAUAAGCAAACGUUAGAUUCUCGAGAACAAUUUGAGCAGGACUUUGAUAUUAAGCAUAGCAUUUUUGAAGAAAAAAAGGGUACUUUGAAUGAUUCAUCAGACAAUCCUAUGAUGAUGCUACGACAAAUAUAUAAAUACAUUGAGAAGAAAGAAGUUUCAGAUGGUUUUGGAAUGGAAUCAUUUUCAGCUGUGAAUUCAAGUGGAGUUUCUUCAUAUCAUGGUAAUUCAAUAAUGGAUUGUGUUGUGGCGGGGAAGCAUACUGAAUUAUUAAACAUCGGAGAUGAAUUUAAACAAGACAUUGGUGAAAGUAGCAUGCUAACAACGCAGAUCAAGCAAUCUUCUAAUAUACUAAAUUUUAGCCAUGCAGAUGAGUCAAGCUUGUGUAAUUUGAAUUCUCCUUUUGAAGAUGAGUACAACAAGGAUAUUUUAGAUUUAAAUGUUAGAGAUGAAGGAGAUGGUGGUAUUCGAAUUGAGAUGAGUGUUCCUGAUAAUGAUUUAUUUAGAAUAGAGAGCUGUGUCCUUGAUCAACGAGACAGUAAAUCUUUUCUGCCGGAAACUGAAUCAAGAAUUCAUGGCGUUCAUAUUAUCAAUAAUGGUCAGUUUUUUCAGGUUGAAGAAAAUAGCAAACAAAAUGAUGAUAAAUUUUUUCAUGUUGAGGAAAAUGGUAAACAGAAUGCCAUUCCUCUUCAAGCAUCUUCAUGUACAAAUUUCAAUGAAAUGGAACCACACAUCCAAAGAAGUUGCUCAGAAAUCACAAAUAGGACCGGACAAAAGUGCAGCUUGUCUACUAGAGGUUCAUUUCUUGAUUUAAAGAGGAGUUCAUUGCCGUCUAUUGAAAGUGAAAAGUUUAAGCUUGGGAAUGAAGUUGAGCGCUUAAGGAAGAGAUUAAAAAUAAUUAGACAGGGUAGAGAGAAGCUGAAUUUGUCUACAGACCACAAGGAAAAGGAAUGCUUCCAGCUACAACUACUUGAUGAGAUUGUGUGCCAACUUGAACAAAUCAAGAAAGUAUCAGAGUCAACUAAAAGUUUUCGCCAAGCUUCAUUACCUCCUCUAUUACCCAAGGAGAAACUCCUCGUGGACCUCACUGAGCGGGGCAGUCGGGCACCAAGCAACUGGGGGUCUUAGAAAAAAUAUUAUAUAAGGAGUCCUGAUGCAAUUUUGACUCCAAUCAAAAUGCGUCAUGUGUACGGUCUGACCUGAGUGAAUAUGAAAAACUGAAUAGUUUAAUGAACCCUAAACCCUAAACUGUACACGUGACUCAUUGUGAUUGGAGUCCUGAUGCAGUUUUGAAUCAGUGCUUCUGAUGUAAUAAUAUUUUUUUAAAAGGCAUGAAACAGAGCAGCAUGGAGCAUCUUCAGAAGAGAUCAGAGGUUCUCACAUCGUCAGUGCUAAAGAUUAUCAAAAUGAGAAAAUCUGAGGAGAUAUUACCGCACCUUUCCUUCAUUCUUUUAUAUGCUUUCCCAAUCCAAGGAUUGAUCUUUGAUAAGAGCAAUUAUUGUCACACCUCCAAAAUCAACAGUUAUAAGUUCGUUUUCAUAUGAUGCUUUAUACAUUUCAGGCAUAUUAUACUGCGUCAGAAGUAAUAACAUCCCCUUUUAUGGCGCAUUUUAUAAAUGAACGGAGCAUAAUAAACUAGAUCGCAG